AGUGGAAAGUGGGCUUACUGCGAAGGGAUUUUCUUGGGAUGAGAGCAGAUCUCCUGCCUUCAUUUUGGAUGCGCUCCCUGCUUUAACCGCCCCCCCGCCCCCAGCCUUCAGCCAGAUCCCUGGACAGCCUGUCUCUCCCGGCAGUUCUCCGACUUCCGAGGACACCGGACGGGAGUUGGCAGUUCUCCCUCGGGCAGAGCAGAGAACGUUUUUCCUUUCUAAGUGCAUAAGCUUCACGCACACGCGCACACACGCACACACGUGCACACACCCCGCGGAGCCGGACCUUAACCUCCGAGGCGGCUCUGCCCGCUCCCCUCCUGCCCUCAGCAUCCUCGGCCCAGCGUCCCUCGGACCAGCAUGGAAGUGCUGGAGAGCGGGGAGCAGAGCGUUCUGCAGUGGGACCGCAAGCUGAGCGAGCUGUCAGAGCCCGGGGAAACCGAGGCUCUUAUGUACCACACGCACUUCUCAGAACUCCUGGAUGAGUUUUCCCAGAACGUGUUGGGUCAGCUCCUGAAUGACCCUUUCCUCUCAGAGAAGAGUGUGUCGAUGGAGGUGGAGCCAUCCCCGACGUCCCCGGCGCCUCUCAUCCAGGCAGAGCACAGCUACUCCCUAUGUGAGGAGCCUCGGGCCCAGUCACCAUUCACCCACGUUACCACCGGUGACAGCGUCAAUGACGAUGAAGUGGAAAGUGAGAAAUGGUACCUGUCUACAGACUUUCCAUCAACAACCAUCAAGACAGAGCCAAUUACAGAGGAGCCGCCCCCAGGACUUGUUCCCUCUGUCACUCUGACCAUCACUGCCAUCUCCACCCCUUUUGAGAAGGAGGAACCCCCCCUGGAAAUGAAUACUGAGGUUGAUUCCUUGUGCCAGACCGUUAUUCCUAAAAUUAAGCUGGAGCCUCAUGAAGUGGAUCAGUUCCUCAACUUCUCUCCUAAAGAAGCCUCCGUGGAACACUUGCACUUACCUCCCACCCCUCCCAGCAGCCACAGCAGUGACUCGGAGGGCAGCCUGAGCCCCAACCCGCGCCUGCACCCCUUCAGCCUGCCUCAGACCCACAGCCCCUCCAGAGCCGUGGCGCGGGCCCCCUCGGCCCUGUCCAGCUCUCCUCUCCUCACGGCGCCUCACAAACUGCAAGGAUCAGGCCCACUGGUCCUGACAGAAGAGGAGAAAAGGACCCUGAUCGCCGAGGGCUAUCCCAUCCCCACCAAAUUGCCUCUAACAAAAUCAGAGGAGAAGGCUCUAAAGAAAAUUCGGAGGAAAAUCAAGAACAAGAUUUCUGCCCAGGAAAGUAGGAGAAAGAAGAAAGAAUACAUGGACAGCUUGGAGAAAAAGGUGGAGUCUUGUUCAACUGAGAACUUGGAGCUUCGGAAGAAGGUAGAGGUUCUGGAGAACACCAACAGAACUCUCCUGCAGCAACUACAGAAGCUUCAGACUUUGGUGAUGGGCAAGGUUUCGCGCACCUGCAAGUUGGCGGGCACGCAGACUGGCACGUGCCUCAUGGUGGUUGUGCUAUGCUUUGCUGUUGCAUUUGGCAGCUUCUUUCAGGGCUACGGGCCCUAUCCUUCUGCCACCAAGAUGGCUCUGCCCAGCCAGCAUUCUGUGCAGGAGCCGUAUACAGCCUCUGUCGUGAAAUCCAGGAAUCUGCUGAUCUACGAGGAACAUUCUCCCCUGGAGGAGCCGUCCAGCCCAGCCUCAGCUGGGGAGCUUGGGCAUUGGGACAGAGGGUCCUCUCUGCUCAGGGCAUCAGGGUUGGAGACCAGGCCUGAUGUGGAUCUCCCCCAUUUCAUUAUCUCCAAUGAGACCAGCCUGGAGAAAUCAGUGCUGUUGGAGCUACAGCAGCACUUGGUCAGCGCCAAACUGGAGGGGAACGAGACACUAAAAGUUGUAGAACUCGACAGAAGAGUGAACGCCACCUUCUAAAGAGGCUGUCUCCACCUCCCUCUUUCUCUUCACUCUGCUUUCCCAUCCCCAAACCACCUCUGUCAUAAGCUUUUCCUUUUUGCCUUUGAUCUGGAUAAAGACAUGGGCAAGCGGUCGUGGCUUUGGAUGGGAGGACAGCCUGGGAUUUCCACCUGCGGUGAGAGAGCACCUUCCCCUCCAUUCCAUGCCCCCCUGAAGAGGGGAGCCCGGCAUCCCUCCCUCCCUCCUGUUUA